CGUCCUGUCUCUUGGCAUGUAUCUUGCUCUCAAGAUAAGAUAGUUCUGUGUCGGUCUUCGUCGCCAAGUCGCCAACAAUGAAGCUGUGUCUGCUGUUUGUCGUCUUUGUAGUCGGGGCUCAGGGCCAGUUUCUGUUUAAAGGCGGAUCCUGCGCGAACCGAUGCUUCACCAGAAACGACUACGCCCAGACGUGCCAGUGUGAUUCGGACUGCGAGACCAUUGGGAACUGCUGCAGCGACUUCUGGACCAGAUGCAGAGGGUCCGAGUACGGCCUUGUUGUUACACCGAAGGAACUGAACACUUUCGCACAAAGUAUCUGGGACAACGACGUCAGCAGAAUCGACCCCAGCCUCUAUACACUGAGCUACCAAGGACAGAGAAUUUCUCCCGAUUUUACUGAUGGCUCACCGGAUAGAUUCAUCCAGCCGGUGGACACACAACUGGACGGCAUCCUCAGCUCCUCCAACUCCACCUACGCAACCUUCAUAAAACUCCUGGACAACUACGAAGUCAACGUGCAGCACGAUGAGCACCGUCCGCUGCAUGAGAUUAGAGAGGAAGAAAACUUCUGGGACACCAUCAUCCAAUCGCAGGUCAUGCAGCUCACCUUCCAGUUCCUGGUAAAUAAUGGCUUCAUAAAGAGCGACAUGCACGCAUUCCGCACCGUCAUCAAUGAACUGUGGUUCGAACUCUAUCCAAAGCAUCAAGCUGCUGCGAAAUCGGACAGUGGAUUCGAACACAUCAUGAUAGGCGAGAAGACUGUGCAUCAUCAACACACCCAACAGAACAAACCGCCACCAUCGGCGGCUUCGGCAACUGGCUACAGUUCUACCAGGAAGAGAAGGCUGGGAAUCUGGAUUACUACGGUUAUGUCAAGUAUACCCAGAACCCUCAUGUCGUGGACGUUGUCUUCAACUGGAAGGGUGCUCUUGCUAAAGGGAAAGCGUUCUUUGUCGGAACAAGCCCUGAGUUUGAUCUAGCCUUGUACACCGUGUGCGGUCUGGCCUUUCCAAACAAGGCUUGCUCUUUUGUCAUCAACGGCCAAAACUACAGAGUAACGGCUACCUUGGCGCGACACCAGGAGGUAGAGCAGCUCACGUCAGUGGGUCUGGCUUUCAAAGACCCUUCAGCAGUUACCUCCCCGGCACCGUACUAACUGUAAGAAGUGUAUUGAAUAAACACUGCGUGUAGUGCUAUUUUUUCA